AUGAAUAUGGGCUCUACGAGAGUUGCCCACGAGUUAGAGAAUCUCGUUUCUGCUGUGCUCCAGAGCAGACAUGAGGUUGCUUCUGAUGAUAUACUGGCCCAUAGGCCUAGCCAGGAUGAGGUCAAUGAGUUGCGCGGGAUGGCUGUUCCUGGCGCCGCCAGAGCGAUUGAAGAGGUGUUGCAAGAUAUCAAUAAAAUUCUGUCGUACAGAAUCGCAACAGCGCAUCCCAGGUUCUUUUCCUGCAUCCCAUCCCCUGUGUCUCGUUUAUCGUGGCUAGGUGAUUGUGUUACCACCGCUCAGAAUCCCUUUGGUGGUAGCUGGGAAGCGGGACCGGGAGUAUGUUCUAUUGAGAGCAGCCUGAUUGAAUGGAUAGCGAAGCGAUUCGGUCUGCCAUCGUCUGCUGGUGGACAAUUUGUUUCCGGAGCUUCCAUGGCCAAUCUCACCGCUGUCACUGUGGCCCGAGAUCAGAAGCUGAAAGUCGAACAACGCGCGAACGGUGUCGCCUAUAUCUCAGAGGAGGCUCAUUUCUGCAUUGGAAAGGUCCUACGAAUUGUGGGCAUCUCGGAUGACCAGAUCCGCGUUAUAAAGGUCGACAGCAAUUUUCAGUUCAAUACGGUCGAACUACAAUACCAGAUCGACCAAGAUAUCGUGCAGGGCAAGGAACCCUUCCUGAUCGUGGCAACGUGUGGUACUACAAACACUGGCACCGUCGAUCCACUUGAGGAGCUAGCGCAAAUCGCAAACAGCCACGACAUGUGGUUGCACGUUGACGCGGCUUACGGUGGCUCUCUCGCCUUUUCCGACACUCAUCUCGCUAAAAUCCAUGGUAUUGAAUUAGCCCAUAGUAUUGCCUGGGAUGCACACAAGUGGCUAUUUCAAACUCAUGGCUGCGGUGCAGUUUUCUUUCGUGAAAAAGCUUAUCCUCUCAAAAGCUUUUCUGGCUCCGGUGGUUAUGUUCGGGACGUGGAAUGUCUGGAAGAACCCUGCGAUCCCUGGAACUAUGGAAUCGAGCUGACUCGACCGGCACGACACAUGAGACUCUGGUUUAGUUUGCAAGUUCUCGGGCUUGAGAAUAUUGACGGAAUGAUCAACUGGGGCUUUGAGUUAUCCUCUCAUUUGGAGUCUAGGCUUCUGGAGAUGCGUGACUGGGAGAUUAUUUCACGAAGCUCCCUGGCUAUCUUGACCUUCCGAUACGCUCCUAAAGGCAUAGUAUCUGGCAACAAGGAGUAUGACGAUUGCAACACGACGAUUUCAAAAAGGAUGGCCUCCGAAAACCGUGCUGCCAUUUUCACAACACAAUUGCAGAAGCGGGUCUGUUUGCGAAUGUGCACGAUCAAUCCAAACACAACGAAGGAUGACAUUAAUGUUGUGGUCGAAGCCCUUGAUCUCAUUGCCAAAGAGACUCUGGGAAAGAGCCGAGCUGUCAGAAGCAAUCCAUAUCUUUGA